CAACAGUUAACUCUCUGCAAAGUCUCUGGUCUCUGCUAAAAUGCAAUGAAGACGAAACUAUGAACAGGUCGGUGUGCGUAUUGGGCGGCAUAUUUAUUGUGUGUUGGUACGCCUGAAGAAAAAAACACAUAUCGACCUACGUUUAAUUAAUAUCUGUUCAUUAAUAACUGCAAUCAGAAACUCGUAAAGUUAAUGUUUGUUUGCCUUUCCAAAUGACCUUUGAUACACUGCACGACUCAUUAAGUUGUCAGAGUUAAAGACAGGUAUGCGUGUCCACGCAGUGUUAUUUUGUUCUCUAGAUAACACAAACAUGAGAGGUCACUUGAAAGAGACCGUUUUUCUCUGUGGAAUAUUUCUUAUUUGCUCAUCUGAAAUAGCUGGUCAAACAUGCAGGGGAAAGUGUGGAGACAUAGUCGAGGAAUGCUCCUGCCAUAUAACCUGUGUGUCUUUGCUGAACUGCUGUGCGGACUACAACCAGUCCUGUUUCCAGGUGACGCCUCACUCCAGCUCCAUGCUGGGUGGAAAAGUUCUCAGGAUCCUUGGUUUGGUCCUUCAUCCUGGUGGCCGACUUCUCUGCAGGUUCAAAGGUGAGCUUGAACGAGAAGGGUUCAUUGAUGCUGAAGGCCACGCCUACUGUAUCUCUCCUUUAUUGUAUGAGACGGGUUGGAUACCAUUUGCUGUCUCAACAGACGGAAUACAUUUUGACAGAUCUGGAGAGUACUUGUCAGUCCACCCCAGUAAAGCAGACCCUGCCUUUGAAGUCACCCUGGUGAAUUCAACACAGUGGCUGUACUACGGCACUCCAAACAUGGCAGGACGGCUUAAGAUGAUAUGGAACAGCUCUUUGGUUGGAACAGAGAAGGUCAACAUAGAGCUGUGGGGUUACAGAGAGUUCAGCAGGGGCACAGAGGCAGGGACGAACGGAUCGUCCUCUCUGCAGGCCGAGCUGAGCUACCUGUACUCUCUCGGCAGGAGCCUGCCCAACACUGGUGCCUUCAGCUUCAUCCCCGAGCCUUCAAAGAACCACUCUGACUGGGUGUUGGGGAAUAUCCGCAUCACUGCAAGUUCUAUGUCAGAUGGAGCAAGGGAUGUAAAGGGGCUCUGGAGUGGAGGUCAUGUCUUAGCCUGGCACCUGGAGUACGCUUUCAGAGAUGACUCUGCAGCCUGGGCCAAGAGCAAGUGUCUGCAGUGGGACGUGUUGGAGAAGAAGCUGCCCAACUUCCUGGAUGAGCUCAUUGACUGUCCUUGCACUCUGGCACAGGCCCGAGCAGACACAGGCAGGUUUCAUACUGACUAUAGUUGUGACAUUGAGAGGGGCAGUGUGUGCACUUACCACCCAGGUAGUGUCCACUGUGUCAGAGCAGUUCAGGCCAGCCCUACGCAGGGAUCAGGGCAGCAGUGCUGCUAUGACAGCACAGGUGCACUGGUGCUGACGGGAGACUCGAUCGGUGGCAGCACCCCAGACAGGGCUCACGACUGGGGCUCACCUCCAUACAGGGAGCCACCGCGGGUGCCGGGGUACUCCCACUGGCUUUACGAUGUCAUUAGUUUCUACUACUGCUGCCUGUGGUCUGACCACUGCCACAUCUACUUCAACCAUCGGCCCUCUAGCGGCUGUCGCAACUACUGGCCUCCAAGAGCUGGUGUUGUCCUUGGGGAUCCGCAUUUUGUAACGUUUGAUGGCCUCAGCUACACUUUCAAUGGCAAAGGAGAGUUCUACCUUGUGUCUUCGCCAGACAGAGAGCUGAGUGUUCAGGCCAGAACAGAGCAGGUGAAACUUAAGAACGGUACUUGGGCCAAAGCCACAUGGCUGUCAUCAGUGGCUAUGAAGGACAAGGUCUCUGAUGUCAUUGAGGUGCGUCUAGCAGAGGGCCACGUUCAGGUGCUAAGGAACCAGAAGGUCCUUCAUUUCACAGAGCAAAGGUGGAUGGACGUACGUGGAGGUUUUGUGUUCGCUCCCUGUCCUCAGAACGUGACAGUAACCUUUCUGUCUGGAGUCGGCGUGGAGGUUCGUGUGCAUGAAGGGACCAUGGCAGUGACCGUCCUACUUCCAGCAGAGUUUACCAACCACACUCGGGGUCUCCUCGGUCUGAUGAACUCUGACCCAUCCGAUGACCUGUUGACCAAACUAGGAGAGGUCAUCUCAGCCGACGCCACACCAGAAGAAAUCUUCACCUUUGGAGCAGGCUGGAAUGUUUCAAAGAAGUCUUCCCUGUUCACGUAUGACUCAAAGUACCUUUUGGAUACCUACUAUUUCCGACCAAGCCACGAUCCUGCUUUUGUUCCUGCCUUUUCUAUACCUGAGAGACCUGAUGACCCUCUGGUGGCAGACAUGUUGAUGAUGUGCUUUGGAGAAGGAGCAAAGUUCUGUAAAUAUGAUACCCUGUCCACCAGGAGCCUCACAAUGGGAAACGUCACACUCAGGGCCUACCAAAGUCAUCAGGCCCUAAUGGAAGCCCUGGAGCCAGUGGUGUCUUGUGGCUGGCUUCCCACACCCAGAAAUGGAAAGAAGCAUGGGACACUUUACUUAGAGGGGAAGACUCUGAGUUUCACCUGCAAUGAAGGCCACAAACUGUACGGUUCAACAGAGCGCACUUGUUCGGAUGAUGGGACCUGGACCGGAGAGCAACCCUACUGUAUAACAGAUGAUAUCCUGGGGUUUGUACUUGGCGGUGUUGGUUCCCUCUCAGUACUGGUCACCAUGGGAGUAAUGAUCAAACUGAACAACAGGAAACAAUACAGAGUUUUCAUCACCCAGCCGACACUGUAAAUAUGACUUAACUACAUGUUUUACUUCCUCCUCCGGCUAUUGGAUUUUGCUUUCCUUAAGAUUUCAGUCUGGGUUCAUUUAGUAACACUUGUGGUGGUUACCAUGGCAACGGCAAAUGUGGGUUAAUACAGGUCUGCGCAGCAACUUUGUCAAAAAUACAACAGAGGAGCAACUGGUGGGUCUGAUUACAAUGGACACAAACAAACUCACAAUGCUUUCAUAAAGAAUACAGUCAAUAAUCGUUCUGUUUCCAUCAUGUGCCGCCACGAUCUGAUUUCAUGAUUGACACAGCACGAGUAGAUUUCCACACAACAUCAGGGCAUAGUGAAAGGAGGUGGUUACCUUACUGGGAAAUUGGAGAAGUGCAGCCAGUCGCCUGCAUCUCUUCAUCUAACAACUCGCUGGUCCUUCUUGUUGUCUUGUUUUGUAAACGCAUUUUUGAUGAAUGAAAGCGGUUAGCGCAUACAUUACGUUUCCUGUGACCGCUUUGCAAUAAACGCCACCCUGAGUUUUUCCAGUUGAAUGCUUAUAAUGUAAAGCUGCAGCAGGGUUGUGAUUGCAUAAACAGUACAACCAGCAGUACAGUUAAUAUGGUGCACAGUAAGCCGUGUAGCUGAAA